CCCCCCCCUCCUGAAAACUGGUGACUAUCGUGCUCAAGUUUGUGUAUUGUUUGUUGUAUUCAAGCAACGUUUCUUAGUUUUUAAUUAAAAAGUGUCUCUAACAGUGGCUUUUAUAUAAAUGGUGGAAAUUGGAUAAACAAGACUUUUAUAUGUCAGGCUAUAUUCAUAUACGUAAUAUGCGUUUAGAAAUUCCAGUCAAAAUCCCAGACUGGAAAAUCCCCAUAUAGCAUAGCUAUAAAUAACUUGGGAUUUUACAAAUUGUCUAUUUUAAGAUACGCCCAUCUAUUUUUAGACGACUAAACAUAAACGGUGAUUCCCCUUUAUAAUUACACAAGUUCCGACAUAUUGAAAAAUGUUGAUUGUUUCCUUGAAAAUUUGUGCACUAAAUGCAUUGACUCAUAUCGGUUGCAUCAUUUAGCUGGCUGGUUCUCAAGAUAAUUAACAAUUAAUAAAGCAAGUUUUGUCAUCAUGGCGAGUGAGGGUUCGUCAGGACGGCGGGCUAUCGACCUUCCAAGUUUCAAUUUGAGUAACUACAUCAACAUUGGGGAGGGACAGACAGCAAAGGAUCUACUGGAACAGUUGAAGAAUAAGGGUACGAUUGUGCCUGUGAAAAAUGAACGUCCACAGGGUCAACCAAUGACCAAUGGAACUUCCAAGGGCAAAGGCAUCAGACAAGUUGCACGCCAAAAAAGUGCUGGACUCAAUUCAAAACUGGCUACUCAAAUCAUGGAGGGACCAAAGUUAUCCAUCAAAGUUCCUAAUGAGUAUUCAAGGUUUAGAUAUGAGUCAGAGAAAACCAAGAUAAAAAACGGAAGAGAAAUUACGAUACGGAUGAUACAGAAAAACAGUGUCUUCUGGAAAUUGAGAUUACUGACUAUAAUGGCACUGCUAAGGUGAUCUGUUACUGUUGUGAUGAGAACGGGAAUUCCAUCCAUUCAGUCUGUUUGGUGACCGUGGAUGCCAUUUCGGUGUUUAUGUGAGCAGGGAGAAGUUUAAGCCACAGAAAAAACACAGACUAACAGGGGUGUCAGUUGUGAUGCCUACUAAAGGGGAAUAAAGAAAAAAUAUUUAUGAAAGAAAAGCUUCAAUACUUACAAAAUGAACUCAAACUGGAUGUAAAGAGAAGAGGUGAUGAUGAUAAGCAUGACAAGCAGCUUGUGCAUGUCAUGGUGGUGGUUCAGUUGGAAGAUGAGGGGAAGCCACCCCUGUAUGGGAUCUCCACUGCCCUAAACAACCGAAAACAAGGGAAGGAGUUCCUAAUAGAUGAUGUGGAGCCCAACAUGGUCAUGGCUUCAGGAAGCCCUCCUAACAAUCAAUCCAAGAACAGAAUCCUGGUGGUUGUCUCAAACCAGACAUACUUUCCAAAUGAACCUGAAGUUGUUUUGCGUGAAAAAGAUGCUAGUGGAAAAACAAGGUGGGAAGUGGUUUUAUCUGGAGAACAAUUGGAAAUUGUUAAAAAGGCGGUAGUCAAGUUUACUGCCCCUCCAUAUCUAGAUCGCGACAUAGAGUCUGAUGUACAAGUUGAACUGUGUCUGCGUGACAAAAAAAACAAACAAAGAAACCAAGCCCUGGCCAUUCUUCUAUCUUGGAUCAGAUCUAUAUGAUGUAAGAAGGAAAGCGAAAAAGAGGAAGUUGACAGAUGAUGAUCAUUCUGGAACCCCUACUGAAUAUUCAGGUACUGUUCAUUUUUGUUAUCAUUUCAAUAUGCUAGUUAAUGAAUAUUUGAUCAGUUUUUUAACAUAGAAAGGAGCUGUCUUUCAGUCUGUUGU